UAAAGGACAGUCAAUGUUCCAACACAAGUCGCAAUAGUCGUGCGUUGUGUUGAUACAUUCAAUUAGAUGGCUAGCGGCAAUUGUAGGUACAUCGCAUGGUGUAGUUAUAGUGAGACGCUCGCUUGGAAUUUGCUCUGAUUAACUGGUCUCAGAAUACGAUAGAUAGACAAAUUUACCGGUAAAAAAUGGUGCAUCACAAUAUUCAAAUCGGACUUGAAAACGUUAUUAGUGAUUUGAAUCCCAACAGCGUGCCCAAUGGAGCGGCCCCGGAUGAGCGCAAAGGCAACGUCACAUACGGCAUAGACGAUAACCCGUCAUGGUACCUCUGUAUAUUCCUGGCUUUGCAGCAUUACCUGACAAUGAUCGGCGCCAUCGUGGCGAUCCCUUUCAUCCUCUGUCCCGCGCUUUGUAUGGAGGAGACGGAUCCGGACAGAUCAAACAUCAUCUCCACCAUGAUAUUUGUCACAGGUCUGAUAACAUGGUUGCAAUCCACGUUCGGUUGUCGCCUGCCAAUAGUACAAGGUGGUACCAUCUCCUUCCUCGUACCGACCUUGGCCAUCCUAAAUCUGCCGCUAUGGAAGUGUCCGGCGCAGGACGUGCUAGCAGCGAUGUCCGCGGACGAGAGACGGGCAGUCUGGACCAGUAGGAUGUGCGAGUUGUCCGGGGCAAUCGCUAUCUCUGCUCUGUUUCAAAUCAUUGGAGGAUAUUUCGGCAUAAUAGGGUCAUUACUUCGUUUCGUGACUCCGCUGACCAUAGUGCCCACAGUUGCGUUAGUGGGACUGACUCUGUUUGAUCACGCGGCCGAGGCGGCUUCCCAGCAGUGGGGUAUAGCAGCUGGAACUUUCAUCCUGCUCACCAUAUUCUCCCAGUGCAUGGGGGAGGUGAAGAUACCCAUUCUCGUGUGGAGGCGUGGGGUUGGCUGUACUGUGAUAUGGUUUCCGCUGUUCAAGCUCUUCCCGGUACUCCUCACAAUAGCAAUAAUGUGGGCAAUUUGUGGUAUACUCACCGCAACUGAUGUGUUCACGUCAGGGCACCCAGCGAGGACCGACCUCAAACUGAACAUCAUCGAAGAUGCACCGUGGUUCCGGAUACCGUAUCCAGGUCAAUGGGGUCUGCCAACGGUGAGUGUAGCUGGGGUGUUGGGCAUGCUGGCGGGCGUGCUGGCGUGCACCGUGGAGUCCAUCAGCUAUUACCCUACCACCGCGAGGAUGUGCGCGGCACCACCGCCUCCAUUGCAUGCUAUCAACCGAGGCUUGGGAACUGAAGGCCUGGGCACGAUGCUCGCCGGGUUAUGGGGUUCCGGUAAUGGCACUAACACUUUUGGAGAAAAUGUUGGCGCUAUUGGAGUUACCAAGGUGGGCUCCCGGCGCGUCAUCCAGUGGGCCGCCGCGCUGAUGGUGCUACAAGGUGUGGUGGGCAAGCUGGGUGCCGUGUUCAUCAUAAUCCCGCAACCCAUCGUGGGGGGGUUGUUUUGCGUCAUGUUCGGCAUGAUCUCCGCUUUUGGUCUAUCAGCACUCCAGUACGUAAACCUGAACAGCUCGCGGAACCUGUACAUCAUCGGCUUCAGCCUGUUCUUCCCGCUGGUGCUGACGCGUUGGAUGUCGGCGCACAGUGGGCUCAUCCACACUGGCGUGGACGCGUUGGACGCUGUGCUACAGGUGCUGUUAUCUACAUCGAUACUUGUCGGAGGUAUAAUAGGCUGUUUGAUGGAUAAUCUGAUACCGGGUACUGAUGAGGAGCGAGGCUUAACCGCUUGGGCCAAGGAAAUGUCCUUGGAAGCGAUCGGUGCCACCGAGCAUGGGGACACGUAUGACUUCCCCGUUGGAAUGACUUUUAUACGAAGGUGGAAGUGGACCCAAUACCUGCCCUUCAUGCCGACCUACCAGGCAGGCAAGUUUACUGCUCUGUUCCAAAGGAAAAAGGACAGCUGAAAUAUAUAAUUAUCCUACAAGUGCCGUUUCUUAUUGUUGUAAAAAAAACAGACUUAUUCAAGAAGGUUUACUGCAAGUUAUUGUACAAAUUGUUAUGAAUGCUUAUAUUGAAUGUGUAAUAAAUUAUUUUC